GGGGGGGGGGGUUGUUCACGCCCUUUGCUAAUAUGGGGUUCGUUUGUUCAUGCUGUUUUUGGUUGGUUUUGGGCCGUUGUCAAUUCUCGCAUCUUAUGCACUACUACAAAAUUGGCUUGAUUUUCUUCUUCCUUUCCUCUCCAAGGUUUUCUGGUAAUUUUUGUUUGAUUUAGAGACCUGCUUCCCCCGUGGUUUCUUUGAUGCAACUUUCUUUCCAGAUAGUCCGCAACAGAUUUUUUUUUUCUCCAGAGGAACACUCUCGCUUUCAUGGUUAAAUUUGCCAACUUAUUGAGCUAUUUUCAUAUGUUUUCCCUAAAGAUCCAACCUUUCUCGUCGCACAAUCAAUUUCCCCCAAAAAGAAGUUCAUUACUUGCCACAUUACUGCCUCAAUAUCUGGCUGAAUUAUAGGUUAUCUGGGGUACAGGGGUACAGCUUGAACCGAAUCUUCACGAAAAAGAAAAUACUAUAAAUAAACGCGAGAAUGCAUUUCCUUUUCGUGUAAUAUAGAAAAAAAAACUACACUUUUUCAUAUUUUCUUCCCGGCAUGUUUGUAGCCUCGCAUUUUUUUUCUUCCCCUUCUUCCAAUUCGCAAUUUCGCAUACAAUGACGUAAAGAAAAGAAAAGGAAAACAACCUGUUUUUCCUUGCCCCUUCGAUGCAAUCUGCGGUGCUGAGAAGAAAAAGAAAAGCUCUCUGUACCUGCCCUGUUUAGUUUCUUUGCGGUUUUGAUUUUGCACACGCAAUUGCUUUUCAUCCCGUUUGCUUGCUCCAUGCAGUCACUUCAACUCCGACUUGUCCUGUUUGGAGAGAAGGACCAGUGGACAACUUAGCGGGCUCAGAUUCUCGUGACUUGGGUUUCAGGAGGCCGCGUGAGUCUGCUGUGAGUGAUGGGGCACUGCUAUUUGAGGCAGCCGCUCUCAAGGGCUGAGGCAGUGCCCGAGCGAAGGUCCAGGCUCUGGCAGAUGGAUGCGCCGCCGACGCCCCGUGUGGAGGUCAUCUGCCCCCAGCCUCGCCGCCCCACCCGGCUUCCAUUCGCUGUGGAAACCGUGAACAGAGCCAGCCCCAGGCUGAACGGUGCAUUCCCGGUGUACAGAUCAGACUACACUUCUGAUAUACUUGAUCUUAUCCUCAGCAAGAAUGACCCUGACAGCGAUAUCGAUUCGAGUAGUCAGGUGGGCUUUUUAUGUGGAUCGCCUCCUGUACGUGUUAACAACCCAAUUAUCCAUGAUCCGCAGUUUGGUAAUAGGGCGCCAUCCUUUUCUCCUUUAGGGAGCCCCCACAGCAAAAAGCCGGCAGGAAGAGUUGAACUGGGCUCUCCAUCUUGCGGUGCUAGCAGCCCAAAAGUAAGGAUCGAAGGUUUCGCUUGUGGAAACUCGGAGCCCCACUUUGCAGUUACCUUUUCAUGAGCAAUUCAUCAUUCGUCGUUCCUGAUUUUAUUUUCGGACUGCCCUUGACUCAUGAAUUGUCGCGGUGCAGGAUAUAAGUAGUUCCGUUAAGCUAGCCUGAUUAGAGUCGCCUUUUGCCCUUCUGAUUGUGGCAUUUGAAACUGCACAAUCGCAGUGAGCUGUAAUAUGUACAUAAAUGAGGUCUGCAUAUGUAACUACAUGUAGCUGGAGUUUCGGUGUUUCAUGAACGAUGAGCCUGUAGCCUGUAAAUAGAGUUGUUUUUGCUUUUCAAAGUAAGAUGUAACAUGAAUUCUCCUGUUUUUUUAUGAAUGUGUCUUGUUUUGUGUCA